AACACACAUACUCAUGUGAGCGCAUCUACGCAGAGAGACACUCAGUGGGCAAGUAAACCCAGACCCACCAUAUAAAGACGGUCUGAUAGACAAUACCCACAGACUGUGAGAAGAGUUUGGUACGAAGCAACGCUCAAGAGUGGAUUCACACAGUGUUUUUAAUAAGGACAGGCACAAAGCUACCUCAUUUAUAGCUUUUGGGGCUCAUCACUGUAAAGUUCGGAUUGGAUAUUGAUUUGAGCCAACGAAACCCUCUAAACACUAAUGAGUGUGACAAACUCUUCUGCUUAUCGAUCGGAGCGCAGGAGCAAGACUUCCUCUUCAUCCACCACUAAUCCAUACAUGGAGAAAAGCCGAGGACUCUUUGCUGAGGACUUUGGAUCUUUCAUGUGUCCAAAUGAUGCUUUGGGAUUUCCAAACAGAACAGGAAGCCCUGGGAACAUCAAAACACUGGGAGACACAUACGAAUUCACAGUGGAUGUCCGAGACUUCUCACCUGAGGAUGUUAUAGUCACCACUUCUAACAAUCAGAUUGAAGUUCAUGCUGAAAAGCUUGCUUCUGAUGGCACAGUGAUGAAUACUUUCAACCAUAAAUGCCAGCUCCCAGAGGAUGUGGAUCCCACCUCGGUGAAGUCAUGUUUAGGGGCUGAUGGGACUCUCACUAUAAAAGCACAGAGAAACCCUGCAAAAUUGGAGCAUGCACAAACGUUCCGCACGGAGAUCAAAAUGUAGAUCUUUGUCCUUCAGUUUUCUUAUGUUAACUGAACUUUGCUUGUUACUUAGUAUUGCUUUGUCAUUCCUACAUGAUCUCCUCUCAUUACUUUUUAUUACACUAUACUAAUUUAAUCAUGUUGCUGCAUGUGUGCAAAACACUGAAGACAAAUACACUGCUAACUUCAAUUUCCCAGUUAAACUGCACCUUAUACAUAUAGUAUAUAGUGGCAUCCAAACGUCCGACAGCACACUUAAAAUAAUAAUAAAUUUAUGUUAAGAUAUAAACUUCGAACAAUUUUUUAAUCAAUUCCUAUUUCUGUGUUACUAAUCAGGGUUUUGAUAUUGACCAUGGUAGAGGAAAACAUUCAUCCAAAUAUUUGAAAAAUGUUGUCAUCAUUUAUAAAUGCUUUUGUUGGAAAAAAAGAUAAAACGUAAUGCAGUGCAGCCUCAGUCACCAUUCACUUUUAUUGUAUAAAAAAUAUGUAAUGAAAGUAAACGUUGACUGAGACUGUCAACAUUCUGCCUUUAUGUUUCACAAAAGAAAGAAACCCAUAUAGGUUUGGAACAACAUAAUGAUUACAGAUUUUUAUUCAUUUGUUUUGUGCUCAGUUUUUCCUCUACUUUCUUUAUACUAAUGUAAAGGUCAUUUUUAUUGCUUAUAUUUAAUUAAACAAGAUGCUGCAACAUUUUCAUCACACUAGGACAAAAUGGGUCAUAAUAUUUCUAAUGAUAAUAAAUGUAUUAAAUUAAAAAUGACGCAAUGCAAAUUGGGCAACCCAUUCCCAAGUGUCCUCAAACCUUUGCAUUGAACUUAUAAUUAUUACCAAAAGUUACAUUUUUAAAUAUAAAACUGUGGUGUUGUGUGUAAUUAUAAACACUAAUUUAAUUAAAACAUAUUAAACAGAAUAAAUCCAGCUAAUUCAUCCUUGUAAAUAUUUGAUAUAUAUUUAAAGCUUGUGAGUCAGUGGUUUGUGCUUUCAGUAUAGUGGACAUCAUGACCAUGAGCAAAUAACAAGUAGGCCUACUCAGUGUACUUGCUCUAUGAAUAGAGUCUGCUGUCAUUUUUCAGUCUUAUCAUCUACUAUUUUUGUGCUGUAUGUCAACUUUCAAGCUGUCACUGCUGUAACAGAUACAAAUGAAUGUCAAUUGGUACUUGCACACGAUGUUUUUCAUUUUCUUUUUUUUUGCAUUAAAUUAAUAAUUUAAUGUGACAGCUAGAACUGGGCUAUAGUUUUAUAUAUUGCU